AUGAGAAGGCGCACCAAGACCACCGCGUGCGGGCAGUCCAUCGCACUCAAGCAACGCUCGAGUCAGACGACUCCGAGAACGAUGAAAUGCUCCAGGUCCGCCGCCGUCCCUCCCGGCAGCAUCGUCCCGGGGGAGCACAAUCGGCCAAAGCCCCCUCGGCACCAUCCCAAUGCGCCAGCUGUGGGGAAGCGCACCAACGCCGCGGUUGCCGGUUCCGGGACGCCGUCUGCCGCUCCUGCAACAAGCUGGGCCACAUCGCCAGGGUCUGCUGCUCCUGACGACCACCACAGAAGACUUCGACCCACCAGACCUCGGAUCAACACACGGACUUGCAUACCCUCUCAGCCCACCCCCAGCCGCACCAGAGCGGAGAAGGCCGGUGGACAGGCCAGCCAGCGGAGGGACUGUGGAAGGGCAAUGUGGGAACGAUCCGUGAAGAUGGAAGCGAAGCUCUCUGAGGCAGAAGGAGCUCCGUCAGAGGAAAGUCAGAGGGCGCAGGCCCAGGAGGUUGCCCAAGAUGCCCUGUCAAGUGCAGCAGAUGUAGAGGAGGCAGCUGGGGAGUUCCAGGGGUUCUCUUUGGAAAAAGUCAAGAAUGGAGAUGCCGAAGGACACUUUGGAGAUGGAGAUGGACCCCAGGGGCAGGAGGGAAGCCAAGCAGCAGGGGAUGAUCAGAGGAAUGAGGAUGAGGAACGGCAUCCUCUAUCGCCAGAUGAAGUGAAGAAUGAGGACUUGAGAGGAAACUUCCGAAGCCAAGUUGGACGUAAGAGGCAGAAAAGACGCCACAUCAUCCAGAAGGGAGGUAAACCCAUUCCUUGCCAAGGGGGGGAUUUCCAAGAAGUAAUUCACACGGUGAAGGAAACAUGCAAGUGCUUGGUGUGUGGAAUGAACUUCUCAGAUCAAUCCCAGUAUAAUGUCCAUUUACGAGUGCACAGCAGACAGAAGACCCAUCGAUGGCUGGAGUGUGGAAAGACCAUGAUUCGAAAAGCAGAGCUCCAUGGACUUCAAAGAAUACAUGGAGGAGAGAAACCAUAUCGCUACUCAGACUAUGGCAAGAAAUACUCAGAGAAAUCAGACCUCAUUCAACACCAAAGGAUUUAUUCAGGAGGGAAGAAAUGUAUUUGCUCAGAGAGUGGACUGAUGUUCUCUAUGGGAGGAAAAGGUAAUAAACAUUUUCCAAAGCACAGUGCAAUGAAUGCAUGUAAAUGCUUUUGGUGUGGAAACUAUUUUAAAUACAGAUCACAGCUCCUUGUGCACCAAAGUAUCCAUAGAGGGGAGAAGCCUUCUGAAUGCUCAGAAUGUGGGAAGACAUUCCGUCUCAGUGGCCAUCAUCAAGAACAUCUAAGAACCCACACAGGAAAGAAGACUUUUAAAUGCUCAGAGGGAGCAGAUGCAGAGGAGACAUCUGGGGAAUUCCAGGGGUUCUCUUUGGAAAAAGUCAAGAAUGAAGAUGUUGACGGACACUUCGGUGAUGGACAUGGACAUGCACCCCAGAGACCGGAGGGAAGCCAAGCAGCAGGGGAUGAUGAGAGGAAUGAGAAGGUUGAGGAACUGCAUCCUCUAUUGCCAGAUGAAGUCAAGAAAGAAGACAUGAGAGGAAACUUCAGAAACCAAGUUGGACCUAAGAGGCAGAAAAGAAGCCACAUCAUGCAGAAGAGGGGUAAACCCAUUCCUUGCCAAGGGGGGGAUUUCCAAGAAGUAAUUCACAUGGUGAAGGAAACAUACAAGUGUCUGGCAUGUGGAAUGAACUUCUCAGAUCAGUUGCAGUAUAAUGUCCAUUUACAAUUGCACAGUGGAAAGAAGACACAUCACUCGCCAGAGUGUGGAAAGACCAUGAUUAGCAGAGCAGAGCUCCUUAGAGAUCAAGGAACACAAAGAGGAGAGAAACCUCAUAGCUGCUCAGACUGUGGCAGGAGAUUCUCAGACAAAUCAGACCUUGUUCAACACCAAAGGAUACAUACAGAAGGGAUGUUCUCUGUGGGAGUAAAAGGGAAUAUAUGUUUUCCAAAGCACAGUAUAAGGAAUGCAUGUAAAUGCUUUUGGUGUGGAAACUACUUCAAAUACAGAUCACAGCUCCUUGUGCACCAACGAAUCCACAGAGGGGAGAAGCCUUUUAAAUGCUCAGAGUGUGGGAAGAUAUUCAGUCGCGGUGACCAUCUUCAAGAACAUCUAAGAAUCCACACAGGGGAGAAGCCUUUUGAAUGCUCAGAAUGUGGGAAGAGAUUCAUUCGCAGUGGCCACCUUCAAACCCAUCUAAGAACUCACACAGGGGAGAAGCCUUAUGAAUGCUCAGAAUGUGGGAAGAGAUUUAGUCACAGAGUCAGUCUUCAAAAACAUCUAAGAAAACACGCAGGGGAGAAGCCUUUUGAAUGCUCAGAGUGUGGGAAGAGAUUCAGUGACAAUAGCGCUCUUCAAACUCAUCUAAGAACCCACACAGGGGAGAAGCCUUUUGAAUGCUCAGAAUGUGGGAAGAGAUUCAGGUGCAGUAGCCAUCUUCAAAACCAUCUAAGAACCCACACAGGAGAGAAGCCUUUUGAAUGCUCAGAGUGUGGGAAGAGAUUCAGGUGCAGUAGCCAUCUUCAAAACCAUCUAAGAACCCCCACAGGAGAGAAGCCUUUUGAAUGCUCAGAGUGUGGGAAGAGAUUCAGGUGCAGUAGCCAUCUUCAAAACCAUCUAAGAACCCCCACAGGAGAGAAGCCUUUUGAAUGCUCAGAGUGUGGGAAGAGAUUCAGGUGCAGUAGCCAUCUUCAAAACCAUCUAAGAACCCCCACAGGAGAGAAGCCUUUUGAAAGCUCAGAAUAUGGGAAGAGAUUCCAUGAGAGUAGCUCUCUUCAAAAACAUCUAAGAACGCACACAGGGGAGAAACCUUUUGAAUGCUCAGAAUGUCAGAAGAGAUUCAGUCGCAGAGACUCCCUUCAAACUCAUCUAAGAACCCACACAGGGGAGAAGCCUUUUGAAUGCUCAGAAUGUGGGAAGAGAUUCCAUGAGAGUAGCUCUCUUCAAAAACAUCUAAGAACCCACACAGGGGCGAAGUCUUUUGAAUGCUUAGAGUGUGGGAAGAGAUUCAGUCAGAGUGGUGCUCUUCAAAAUCAUGUAAGGACCCACACAGGGGAAAAGCCUUUUGAAUGCUCAGAGUGUUGCAAGAGAUUCAGUCACAGUAGAACUCUUCAAAAUCAUCUAAGAACCCACAAAGGGGAUAAAGGUUUUGAAUGUUCAGGAUCCCCCGUGCGGCCCCUGGCCGGGACUGAAGGGGAGAAUCUGAAUUUUGGGGAUCGAAAUAAAUCUUCAGCCAGGGAGGUCGGAGGGAGGCCCGGGAAGAAGUCCCAGGCGGGAUCACGGCGGUGGGAAUCCUUCCUGCCGAGAGGCUGCCGAAAUACGUCGCCUUUUGGGCGAAAAGUGAAUAAGAGUGUCUUUCCACAGUCAGAGGUGAUUAAAGAGAAUGGAGAAGGAGAUGGAAGAGGAGGACCCAGAAGGCCCUGGAACCGGCAAGAGAUCGAGGAAAGAUGUGGGGACGAUCCGUGA